UGAGCAUAUCAAAUGAUUGCAAGAAACCAGUCACAUUCAGGUUAGGCUUGUUCGAAUUUGCAGUUAACGAAAGACUACAGUGUUAAGAAGAAUAAGUAAAAUGACUGACUUAAAGUUAGCUGAAGAGUGGCUUGGAUAUGCAAAAGAUCUUGUUCCAGUGGCUUUGGAGAAGGCACAUGAAGUCAAAGAAUUUCCAGGAAGGUGGAAAAUGAUCAUUAGUCGAUUAGAGCAAAUCCCGUCUCGUUUGUCAGAUCUAUCAAGUCAUCCAUGCUUCUCAAAGAACACGUUAUGCAACGAGCAAUUAGAAGCAGUUUCCAAGACAUUGAAAGAAUCAAUUGAGCUGGCAGAAAUUUGUUCAAAGGGAAAGUAUGAUGGGAAGCUUCAAAUGCAAAGCAAUCUUGACGCGUUAUCAGGGAAACUCGAUUUGAAUUUAAGAGAUUGUGGGCUUUUGAUAAAAACCGGGGUUCUUGGUGAGGUUACUAUGUCAUCAGAUCUUGAAGGCACAAGUCAUCGGAACAGUGAUAUUCGGGAAUUACUUGCUAGGUUGCAGAUUGGUCAUUUAGAAGCUAAGCAUAAAGCUCUUGACAGUCUAGUUGAUGUGAUGAAAGAAGAUGAAAAGACGGUUUUGUCUAUCGUGGGACGUAGCAAUAUUGGGGCUUUGGUACAGCUCCUUACUGCAACCUCUCCAAGAAUCCGAGAAAAGACUGUUACUUUAAUCUGCUCGUUGGCGGAAUCAGGUGGCUGUGAAAGUUGGCUAGUUUCAGAAGGUGUUCUUCCACCUCUAAUUAGGCUGCUUGAGUCUGGAAGUUCCGUAGGCAAAGAGAAAUCUACCAUUGCCCUACAAAGGUUGUCUAUGGCAGAAGAAACCGCGCGGUCGAUAGUGGGACACGGUGGAGUUCCCCCCUUAAUCGACAUAUGUGCACACGGUGAUUCGGUUUCUCAAGCUUCAGCUGCUUGUACUUUAAAAAACUUGUCGGUUAUUCCUGAACUCCGCCAAACCUUGGUAGAAGAAGGCAUUGUAAAAAUUAUGAUUAAUGUACUUGAUAGUGGGAUUUUGUUAGGAUCGAAAGAGUAUGCAGCUGAAUGCUUGCGAAAUCUCACCUCAGUUAAUGAUGAGCUUAAACGGGCCGUCAUAGCUGAAGGCGGGGUUCGCAGUCUAUUGGCUUAUCUUGAUGGCCCGUUACCUCAAGAACCUGCAGUCGCAGCCCUACGCAAUUUGGUUGGGUUGGUCUCGGUGGAAGUCUUGUUUUCACUAGGACUACUCCCGAGAAUCGUCCAUGUACUAAAAUCCGGAUCACUUGGGGCCCAAAAGGCUGCCACAUCAUCCAUAUGUCGUAUAUGCAACACGGUGGAGGUGAAAAGGCUCGUGGGUGAAAGCGGGUGUAUUCCAUUACUAAUAAGUUUACUUGAAGCUAAAUCAAAUGGGGUUCGAGAGGUUGCAGCUCAAGCUGUCGCGAGCCUAAUGACACUUCAACAAAACCGUCGACAAGUAAAAAGGGACGACAAGAGCGUCCCAAGUUUGGUUCAGUUGCUCGAGCCUAGUCCACAAAACACAGCUAAAAAGUAUGCGGUUAGUUGCUUGGGUUUGCUAUCGUCAAGCAAACGAUGUAGGAAACUGAUGGUUUCCUACGGGGCAAUCGGGUACCUCAAGAAACUUACUGAAUCCGAGAUACUGGGUUCUGCCAAGUUGCUUGAGAAAUUGGAAAGGGGGAGAUUGAGAAUCUUGUUUGGGAAAAAAUAGGUUUAAAUUGUUUCAUUAUCUUGUAUGAUCGUCCCCCAUAUGUAUGAAUGAAUGUAUCAACUUUUGUUGGGAUGUAUUCAUAAGUUUCUGAAAAGAAAAAGGAAUAAUAAUAACUUGUUAUUAAGGAGUACUUUUUAUUUGCUUA